GGGCAGACAGAAGGGCCACGGCGGUGGGGGGCAGGGGACCCCUGGGCUAGGAAGCUCUCCUCUCCUCUCUGCCAGCUCCAGACCAGAGUCCCAGCCCUGGGGAGAGCUACUUACCCAGCCCAGCCCGGAAGACAGAAUGAGGGGGGCUUCCUGCCUCCAGGUCCUGCUCCUGCUGGUGCUGGGAGCUUCUGGGACCCAGGUAAGGAAGUCUGCAGCCUGCGGGCAGCCCCGUGCGUCCAGUCGGAUCGUGGGGGGCCGGGAUGCCCAGGAUGGAGAGUGGCCCUGGCAGGCGAGCAUCCAGCACCGUGGGGCGCACGUGUGCGGGGGGUCGCUCAUCGCCCCCGAGUGGGUGCUGACAGCCGCGCACUGCUUUCCCAGGAGGGCGCUGCCGUCAGAGUACCGCGUGCGCCUGGGGGCGCUGCGCCUGGGCCCCACCUCGCCCCGCGCGCUCUCAGCGACCGUGCGGCGGAUGCUGCUGCCCCCAGACUACUCCGAGGACCGUGCCCGUGGCGACCUGGCGCUGCUGCAGCUGCGCCACCCGGUGCCCUUGAGCGCCCGCGUCCAGCCUGUCUGCCUGCCAGCUCCUGGCGCCCGCCCAGCGCCCCGCACACCGUGCUGGGUCACUGGCUGGGGCAGCCUCCGCCCAGGAGUGCCACUCCCAGAGUGGCGACCCCUGCAGGGAGUAAGGGUGCCUCUGCUGGACUCACGCACCUGUGACCGCCUCUACCACGUGGGUUCGGACGUGCCCCAGGCCGAGCGCAUAGUGCUACCAGGGAACCUCUGUGCUGGCUACACUGAGGGCCGCAAGGACGCCUGCCAGGGUGACUCUGGGGGACCCUUGGCCUGCCUGCAGUCUGGGCGCUGGGUCCUGGUGGGCGUGGUGAGCUGGGGCAAGGGUUGCGCCCUGCCCAGCCGACCGGGUGUCUACACCAAUGUGGCCACAUACAGUCCCUGGAUUCAUGCUCACCUCAGCCUCUAA